CGGUGAAAGGGGAGGGGGGUGGUAUCGAUGGAAACCUGCCGCGUGUAAGGUCUUCGCGACUGCCCUUCCAAGGAGCCGGGCGGGGAGCGGCAUGAUGUUUUUUGUUUUGUUUUUUUGUUCUUGGGGCGUCCUUGCACGGUCGCGUCGCGUGGCCGCGGGGGCGUCUAGGCUGAGCUGGUUUUGGGUGUGUGAGCGGACGGUAAGAAUGCACGCUCACUCAAUGUCUUUUUCUACAGGAAACUUUUUUUUGAACAUUGGCGCCACGUCUGCGCAAAAGAUUACAUCCCCUACCCUCGACAUGUUAUGUUGGGUGAGGGAAACGUCAAACCAGGCGGCAAGAAGCCGAGAUGGAUGCAGAGCUGUCGAGCAAGUCAUGUUCGAGGCAUAAAAGUCUUCUAUGAGGAGCCACCACACAUAUGUUCAUGCCAAGCCCGAUGGAGGGCUUGGGAGGGGGAACCCGAACAAAGAAUCACGUCACAGGUGUCAAGACGUACGUCGCUGACAUAGCGGAUCUCUCUC